ACAUUAGUAAAGUCAUAAUAUAUGUAGUAACCUUAAAAACGAGCAUUUUUUUUUAUUUGUUUAUUUUUUUUUUUUUUUUUUUUUUUUUUAUAUUAAAAUGAUAAAUUACAAAAAUUAUGAAAAUUAUAUCAAUGAAAUCCGAAAUUACGCUAAAAUCAGUGAAGUAAGUGAUAAAGAACUAGACAAAAUAUUCGAUGAAUGUUUCGAUGAGUUAGAAAAACAAAUAUAUAGCAAACGAGGAAUUUGUAAUUUAAUAAUAAAAUUAAUCAAAAUAUUUUUAAUACUUAGUUUUUUAUUAUUUAUAUUUUUUGUUGUUAUUUAUUACAAUCCGUAUUUGCGGAGUUUUUUUCUACGCAAUCUGCAAAAUUAUAUUUAUCCAGGUUUUUAUAUUUUUCGUAAACUUGCAGUGCCUGUUAUUACACGAUACCCAUCACUUACAGAAUAUUAUGAUGAAACAUGCCUGGUAGAAAAUCCAUUUUUCCAGUUACCAGGCAUUGAUUGCUGGCCAUGUAAUACAAUUCAAACGAUUCCCAAUAUGUCGGGAUUAAAUUGGAGCAUUCCACGUAAUUUUAAUUUUGGAUUCCCGUUUAUAAGACAAGAAAACGAGAGUAUUAAUAACGAUUUAUCGAGUUUACUUAAUAUACUGAUUGAUAAUAAAGAUAUAUUUAUUAAUGACGCUCAAAGAAUCAGCUCAAAUAAUCCUGCCUAUAAUAGUAUUAAUGAUCUUAUGAAUAAAAGACUUAAUGUAAAUAAAUCCGAGCCACAAAAUACACACAUAACAUGGAGAGUAAAUAGAAUGGCACCAGGUAGAAUUUUACGUAAAUUGUUCCCAAAACCGAGUGGAACUCCUGCCUGGUGGGGUCAGUCUGUCGAGAGAUUUAUUUUAAUCGAUGAAUCUUCUGCUCCAGCAUAUACUUUACCGAAUCCUGAGUGUACAAACAUUAUUUUAAGAUCAACAAGUGGAGUACGUUUAAUUAAAAUGGUUCCCAGUCCAGACUGUCGUAAUUCUUGUAAACCAUUGGCAAUUAUUUUACAAGCUGGUUAUACAUUAUGGUAUAAUUGGUUGUACUGGAGACCGAUAAGUUACCCAGUUAUCAAUUCAACGGAUGUUUCUGUAAAUUAUUUAACGUCUUUUUGCUAACGAAAAUAAUUUAAAACAAAUUUGUAUUUUAAUUUUUUAUUUCUUUUUAUAUAAAACGUGCCAAAUAAUGAAUAAAUGUAAAUAAUAUUUGAAAGAAAAUUUAUUUUUUCAACAAAUGUACAAUGAACAGUAUU